AAGAGAAAAUAGAACUAUGUAAUAAUGAUCAAGAACAAGAGACAACUCCAAUCUCUAAAAAUCAGCUAAAGAAACUUAAAAAAAGAGAGAAGUGGUUACAGGCUAAAGCUGAUAAAAGGGCUUGUGAAAGGCAGAAGAGAAAGCGGAAAUUUGCAGAAGCCAGAGAGAAGGGUGAAAUUCUUGGUCCAACUAGAAAAUCAUUAAAACGGAAAGGAAUGAAAGAUUCUACAUGUUGUGUUAGAGUUGUUAUUGACUGUUCAUUUGAUGAUAUGAUGACCAACAAGGAUGUUAUACAUUUAACUCAACAAAUUCAAUUCUAUGUGAGUGGUAUAAGUGGUAAAUUAAAACAGAGAAUAGAAGGUAUUGGUGAUUAUAGAGGAUGGGAUAUCAAUAUGAAAGAAGAAAGUUUUGAGACAUUAUUUAAAAAAGAAGAAAUAAUAUAUUUAUCAAGCGAAUCACCUAAUAUAUUAUCUACUAUAGAAGAUGAUAAAGUCUAUAUUAUUGGAGGUUUUGUUGAUCAUAAUCAUUAUAAGGGAUAUUGUUAUGAAUUAGCUGAGAAGAAAGGUUUACAACAUGCCCAGUUACCUAUUGGCCAGUAUAUUGAUAUGAAGGCUAGAAAAGUUUUAACUAUUAAUCAUGUGUUUGAAAUAUUGUUACGUUAUACAGAGUGUAAAAAUUGGCAAGAAGCGUUUUAUGCAGUUUUACCUCAACGAAAAGGAGCUAUUUAUAAAAACACUUCUGAAGACCAGUCCUCUUCCAAUGAAGGUCAAGAAUCUAAUUGUGAUAUUGAAAACACUAGUUCAAAAGAUAAUGGAGAAGGGAAUGUUAGAGAGUUGAAACCUGAAGACAAUGGUGAUUCUGUAUCUAAGGUUGAGAUCAAAAUAAACAAUGAUAGUUCUGACAAUCUUGUGACAUAGUAGCCUAAGUUAAGUGGUACAUUAAAUAAUUUAAAUAAUGUUUAGAUGAUCUAAAUUAUCUAUAAUUUUGGUAUGGAAGUAUCAAAAAUUAAUAAUAACUCUCCAACAUUGGUGGGGUAGAACUAGUGGUUAGGAAAACAAAGCAGAUAUAUAUCUUUGGACAAUCAAAGGUUAUGCUUUUCAAGCAUGUAUAAAGAUUUGAUCCUUUAAGGCAUGUAAAAUGUAGGGUUUAUUGAUCUUAUACAUUCUGCAUGAACUACUGUAAAUUGAAACAAAUUUGGUUGAAUUAGAACUAUCCCAUUCUUGGUGUGGAAGUGCAAUUUUAAUUGGUAGUUCUAUUAUUUAAAUAUUAUUUUUUAUUGAAUAAUGUUUUAAAACUCAGCAAUACUUUUGGAGGUUUUAAUAAAAAAUUUCUACGGUAAUUACAGUGGAUAUCAAAAUUACAGUAUUUAAAAGAAUGACUAGUCACACAGCAAACUUCACAACAUCAUAAAAAUACUGUAUGGUAAUUUAUAAAUGCAUUUUUUUUUACAAAAUCUACAAAUUAAAAUAUAUUUACAAUACCAUAUAAAUGUAUGAUAUUUACAAAUGAAAAUGUUAUUGUAUCAAGAAAUAAAAUAUAUAAAAUAGAUUAGAUUUUUUACAAAAUACAACCAAAAUACAACUUAAAUGAUUCAGAGGUGGUUACUUAAUUAAUAUUGGCAAAUAUUUGGUAACUCAACUGUGGUUUGCAUGCUAUUGGUAACUUAAUUUUGGUUGGCAUACCAUUGAUUACUUAUUUUUGGUUGGCAUACCAUUGAUUACUUAUAUUUUAGUUGGUAUUCCAUUGGGGACUUAAUUUUGGUUGACAUACCAUUGAUAUCUUAAUUUUGGUAGGUAUCUCAUGGGUAACUUCAGUUUGGUUGGCAUACCAUUGGUAACUUAUUAUUGGUUAGCAAAUAUUUGGCAACCCAACUGUGGUUGUAAUAUCAUUGGUAACUUAUUUUUGGUUGGUAUACCAUUGGUUACACAUUUUUAGUUGGUAUACCAUUGAUUAUUUAAAUUUUUGCCAUAUCAUAGGAAACUCAUUUUUGGUUGGCAUAUCAUUGGUAACUGGUUUACAUAUCAUUGGUAACUGGUAACUUAAUUUUGGUUUGCAUAUCAUUGGUUACUUAAUUUAGUUUGUAUGCCAUUUGUUACUAAAUUUUGCAUUUGUGCAUUUUGGUUGUCAUACAAUGGUAACUGAAUUUUGGUGUACAUAUCAUUGGUUAUCAAGAUUUUCUUUUUAAAUUGAUAAGCACUCAUGAAUACCAAAGUUAAAAACUAGCCAAUUUAAAAAGUAUUCAUAGAUUGGAAUGGAUUCCAAGUACUAUUACUAGUAAAAUUAGUU